AGGAGACAUGUGACCCAGACCAACCCUGGGAGCAGCAGGGCGCCUGCUGUCUGGCCACUCUUACUAGGACUGCUGUGGCACUUCCUCCCCUAGUGGGUCCCUGGUGCCCAUGAAUUGCAGCUCCUGGGUGGUGGUGGGGGCACUGUCUCCUGGGACUCCAGCAUGGCCCUGGGGUGAGCUGUGGGCUUGCCCCACCUCAGCAGGUCCUCUAGGGCUGCCCACUGGAUGCUUCGCUGCCUCACACACUUGUAGGGACUUCCUCAGGCUGUUGGAUUUCCCCACCUUCCGGGGCUCAGGUCCAUUGACUUAGGUCUAGGGCUCCAUACAUUUCACCCAGAGACUCCGGAGCCUGGCAGGCAGACCUGUUCUGAUACCGAACUUCCAAAGUCAUGGGCCUUGAUUGGGGUGGUCUGAAUUAGACCUAGCCCUUUUGUGGGCAGAAGGGAGCUUCUGGGAGGAUGGAUGCUGUUCGGGUUAGAGCUCGUGUGGCUGCAGGCAAAAGCCUUGAGGCUGAGUCCCUUCUGUGGCGUGGUGGACAGACUCUCGCUCAUCACAACCGGGCUUGUCACGGGAGCUCCUUCUCCACACCCCUCCCUAAGCUGACUGUAUGGACGCGGCCCUCUGACACUGAGGUCGGAGUUAUCAUUUCAAAACCUUGCUCUGUAUUAAACAGCCGUGUUGGGCAGGGCCAGACUGCUGGACUGACAGUAGGGGGCAGGCAGCCGGACCCUCUGAGCUCCCCAACGGCACCAGCGCCUGCACGGCCUCAGCCCAGUGUGUCAUUAGGGAAGCUCUCCCCGAUUCUGCGCAGACAGAGCUUCCUCUGUCCAUCCUCGCUCGGCCAGAAUUGUGUGCCGCUGGUGACUGGCACCCCUCUAUUCUAGGGCCAAGGCCUCUCAGGGGUCUACAGAUACAACUAUGGGUGGGUGCACACCCAUGUUAUAAACCACACUAAAUGCACAAAAACUGUCUGCAAGUUUGGGGUGCGGGGAACAGCUCUGGGUGGGAGGUUGGAAAUUUGGUCUGGGGGACCCACUCGGCUCCCUCCCUCAGCCCACAGUGAGUCUGGUUUCUGAGUUGUCCCGGUCUAGCCACUUUCGUUUCCCCUGGGGCCGGGUGGAGGCUGGGGCAGAAAGCGGAACUGAGCCCGCGUGUUCUGAGGCCAGGGCAGGGCUGGAGUGUUCUGAACACCUCCCCGUCCCAGCCCCUGGGCCAGGCAAGGGCCAGCCUUACCUCUCCUGGGUGGGUGGCAGCAGAGCUGGGCUCUGAGAGAGGCCUGCAAUGUGAGACAGUAGCAGCUCAGAGGCGGCACUAGGCAGGUGCAACCCCAAAAGCCUUCCUAACAGGCUCCGGCAGGCGUUAGGGCCUUCCUAAGUGCUACCCGAAUGCAUGUCCAGUGGGAGGAGAAGGGGGAGGACCAAGAACCUAGAUGAAUGGCCCUAGAGAGGUAACAUCUGUUUGGUGCCUGCUCUCAUUGGAGACCCCUCUGCCAUGAACCAGUCCAUCCCAGUGGCUCCCACCCCACCCCGCCGCGUGCGGCUGAAGCCCUGGCUGGUGGCCCAGGUGAACAGCUGCCAGUACCCAGGGCUUCAAUGGGUCAACGGGGAAAAGAAAUUAUUCUGCAUCCCCUGGAGGCAUGCCACGAGGCAUGGUCCCAGCCAGGACGGAGAUAACACCAUCUUCAAGGCCUGGGCCAAGGAAACAGGGAAAUACACCGAAGGCGUGGAUGAAGCCGAUCCGGCCAAGUGGAAGGCCAACCUGCGCUGUGCCCUUAACAAGAGCCGGGACUUCCGCCUCAUCUACGACGGGCCCCGGGACAUGCCACCUCAGCCCUACAAGAUCUACGAGGUCUGCUCCAAUGGCCCUGCUCCCACAGACUCCCAGCCCCCUGAGGAUUACUCUUUUGGUGCAGGAGAGGAGGAGGAAGAAGAGGAAGAGCUGCAGAGGAUGUUGCCAAGCCUGAGCCUCACAGAUGCAGUGCAGUCUGGCCCCCACAUGACACCCUAUUCUUUACUCAAAGAGGAUGUCAAGUGGCCGCCCACUCUGCAGCCGCCCGUGGUGCUGGGUCCCCCUGCUCCAGACCCCAGCCCCCAGGCUCCUCCCCCUGGCAACCCUGCUGGCUUCAGGGAGCUUCUCCCUGAGGUCCUGGAGCCUGGGCCCCUGGCUGCCAGCCUGCCCCCUGCAGGCGAACAGCUCCUGCCAGACCUUCUGAUCAGCCCCCACAUGCUGCCUCUGACCGACCUGGAGAUCAAGUUUCAGUACCGGGGGCGGCCACCCCGGGCCCUCACCAUCAGCAACCCCCAUGGCUGCCGGCUCUUCUACAGCCAGCUGGAGGCCACCCAGGAGCAGGUGGAACUCUUCGGCCCCAUAAGCCUGGAGCAAGUGCGCUUCCCCAGCCCUGAGGACAUCCCCAGUGACAAGCAGCGCUUCUACACGAACCAGCUGCUGGAUGUCCUGGACCGCGGGCUCAUCCUCCAGCUACAGGGCCAGGACCUUUAUGCCAUCCGCCUGUGUCAGUGCAAGGUGUUCUGGAGCGGGCCUUGUGCCUCAGCCCAUGACUCAUAUCCCAACCCCAUCCAGCGGGAGGUCAAGACCAAGCUUUUCAGCCUGGAGCAUUUUCUCAAUGAGCUCAUCCUGUUCCAAAAGGGCCAGACCAACACCCCACCACCCUUCGAGAUCUUCUUCUGCUUUGGGGAAGAAUGGCCUGACCGCAAACCCCGAGAGAAGAAGCUCAUUACUGUACAGGUGGUGCCUGUAGCAGCUCGACUGCUGCUGGAGAUGUUCUCAGGGGAGCUAUCUUGGUCAGCUGAUAGUAUCCGGCUACAGAUCUCAAACCCAGACCUCAAAGACCGCAUGGUGGAGCAAUUCAAGGAGCUCCAUCACAUCUGGCAGUCCCAGCAGCGGUUGCAGCCUGUGGCCCAGGCCCCUCCUGGAGCAGGCCUUGGUGUUGGCCAGGGGCCCUGGCCUAUGCACCCAGCUGGCAUGCAAUAACAAGGCUGCAGACGGUGACUGGCCCUGGCUUCCUGGGUGGCGGUGCGGACUGAUGUGGAGAUGUGACAGCCCCGAUGAGCACCUGGCUGGCUGCAGGGUCCUACCUCUGGGUUUCCUGGAAGUGGAUUUGGGCCAAGAAGGAGAGGGAGAAAGGCCCGAGCCCCUGCCUUCCCGGGCCUUUCUCUCCUGGGCUGUCUCUGGUCUGGUCAGCCUGGCUCUCGGGAAAUUCAGCCAUGAGCAGGGAAAGAACUCCCCCAACCCUGGGGCCUAGCUGUAUAGGAGGAAUUGCCUAAGGGUGGCCCACUCCUGUGAUUGCCCCAUUUCCUCUGGCAACAAAAGCCAGAGUGUUGUGGGCCAAGUCCCCCUACAGGGCCUCUGCAGGGCAUGGCCCUGAUUUCCCUGGUUUGAGCCUUACUUCCUCAUCUCCCUGUCCUCUGAGAUAAUAUGAGUGAGCGCUUAGGCAUCAUAUCAGAUGCUCAAGGCUGGCAGCUACCCCCCUUCUUGAGAGUCCAAGAACCUGGAGCAGAAAUAAUUUUUAUGUAUUUUUGGAUUAAUAAAUGUUAAAAACAGA